AUGACGAUGGAGGCUGAGGAAGCUUCGCCGAAGAUAAUGUUGGAGGCGGGGAAGAAGAGAGGGUGGGAGCUGGAACGCUCCUGCGAUCCGAUAUGGAUCCUUUGCGGAGGCGCCGACGAUGAGCUUGGCGAGAGCAUGUGGGCACUGGGUUGUCCGGCUGCCGUAGCAUGCCACGGAGGCAGCGAGGUCGUGUCCCUUUGGCUGGAUCGUGGAGGUGCCGAAGUGCGCUGGAACUACUCACAACCUGCCAGCGCAGUGAGCAGUGAGCUGCCCAUCCGAUGGCGUUUGCGUCGGCUGCUGCAGCCCCUUGGGCCCUUCGCUCCGCGGCUGCCUUCCGCUCUUCCACUGCUGGGGAUAGCCUUGGACGAGGUGGCGCUGGUUGCCAAGACUGGACUGCUGCUGCUCCUCAGUAAUUCGCCACGCAGCAAGCUGGAGGUGCAGGCAUUGGACUACGCUGCCCCGCGUGGGCCAGUCUUGUACCCUAUGCACGACAUCGCCGUGGCUGCUCAGGAUGCGCAAGUGGCCUUUGAUUGCUCAGGUGACUUGCGCAACAUACUGGAUUUCCGCUGCAUGUACAAGGGCUGCAGCUCAUGCACGGUCGCAUGGAGCAGGGCAGUUCAUCAUUCUGGUUAUGUUUGCUUUGCUCUUCCUCAUGUGCGUAUUAAAGCAAUGCGCAGCCUACGGCGGGUUUAG